CGCGCACGCGACCGUGCUCGUCACGCAGCUGUGGAAAGUCCACGUAGAACUUUUUUUUAUUUUUGUGCGGAAACCAAACCAAAAAAAUAAAAAUAAUUAAUUAAAAAAAUGGACGUCCUCGGCGUGGCAGACUGGUGCGGUAGUGAGGACCAAGACCCACGCGUCUGGCUCGCUCCCACGCAGGCUUCUGGCACCUGCGAGGCACGCAACUCUCCCGCGGACUACCCGGACCACUCGCCCUGCUCCAGCGCGGGAUCUUUCCACGAGAGCGACUCCUCGAUUCAACUCAGCCCUCCGAGCUACAGGAAAGCACCCGCGAGUCCGUCCCGCUCCUCCACGCUCAAAGUCCGGGACCUGUGCCGCCUGCAGGGCAUCGUGGUCAGCGGGGCCGAGGAGGAUGCGCCGCAGCGCGCCCCCGCGAGCAAGCCCGGCACCGGCGUGCAGAGGCAGAGGCGCGUGGCCGCCAACGCCCGGGAGAGGCGACGCAUGCACGGCUUGAACCACGCCUUCGACGCGCUCCGCAGCGUCAUCCCGGCCCUGGACGACGACAAGAAACUGUCCAAGUAUGACACCCUGCAGAUGGCGCAGAUUUACAUCAACGCGCUGGCGGAGCUCCUGCAAGGCCCCGCUUCGCCCUGCAAGGGUGAGGGGACUAACCCGGGGCCAGAGGGCCACCUGGCCGCGCACAUUGACGCCAUAUCUCUGGGAGCGGACGUCUCCUCCUCGCCCUCGUCGUCCUCCAGCACCCCGGGUCCGCGGUUGGAGUCGCCCCGCAGCGACGGAGAGUUUUCCCCGCACUCCCACUUCAGUGACUCGGACGAGAUGCUGGUGGAGCUCCAGUCCAGUGAGGACGACGAGCUCGCUGAGCUGAACUUGCCCACUCAGCACAUGAUGUCGUUCUAAAUGUUUUUUUUUGUUCUCAAUUUUUUUUUAUCAGCCCAUCAUCACCUGUGUCAAUCACCUCGCAGCCAGUUUUGCUUCAAAAUGUAUUUUUAAUUUUUUUUUACAUGAAAAUGAUACAAUUUUCUGUUACCAGAGACGUCUCAAUGCCAUUUUUGCUUACACCCCCCCCUCCAAAAAAAAAUAUUCCACAAUUUUUGUAAAUUUCUUGAAUAUUUUGGUUUGCAACUCCAAAAGUUUAUGAUGUGCACUUUAAAAUAGUAAGAUUUUUUUCUUCUGUUCUGUUUUUGUCUUGUUUGCUAGAGCAUAGUACUGCCAAGUCUACCAAUAGCCUAUUUAAUGUAUAGCCAUCAUCAUGUAUUCCUUUUUUUUUAUUCUGACAAAAAAAGUGUCUUUUGCUUUCACUGGAUGAGAUUAAUUGACAUGUAUUUAUUGCUGAUGUUUUUGUUGUUGUUUCUUUCGUUUUUUUUUUGUUUUUUUUUUGACUUUUCUGGAAAAGUUAUAAUU